AUGUCUGACCAAAAAAUGGAAAGUGAUUCGGGUGAAGUUGAAACGUUUGCAUUUCAAGCUGAAAUUGCUCAAUUAAUGUCAUUGAUCAUUAACACAUUUUAUUCCAACAAAGAAGUUUUCUUGCGUGAGGUUAUUUCAAAUGCCAGCGAUGCUUUGGAUAAAGUUCGUUAUGAAUCGUUAACUGAUCCAUCAAAAUUAGAUACUGGUAAAGAAUUAUAUAUCAAAAUCAUACCAGAUAAAGCAUCAAAUACAUUUACAAUUAUCGACACCGGUAUUGGAAUGACAAAAGCCGAUUUAGUUAACAAUUUGGGUACAAUUGCAAGAUCAGGUACUCGAGCAUUUAUGGAAGCAUUACAAGCUGGUGCUGAUAUUUCAAUGAUUGGACAAUUUGGUGUGGGUUUCUAUUCAUGCUAUUUGAUUGCUGAUCGUGUCGUUGUAACAUCGAAAAAUAAUGAUGAUGAACAGUAUGUUUGGGAAUCAUCAGCCGGUGGAUCGUUUACAAUUAAACGUGAUACAACUGGGGAACCAAUUGGACGUGGUACAAAAAUUGUUUUAUAUUUGAAAGAAGAUCAGUCAGAAUAUUUAGAAGAAAAACGUGUAAAAGAAGUUGUUAAAAAACAUUCACAAUUUAUUGGUUAUCCCAUCAAAUUAUUGGUACAAAAAGAACGUGAAAAAGAAAUUUCAGAUGAUGAAGAUGACACAAAAGAUGAGAAAAAAGAAAAAACAACUGAAGAGAAAAAAGAUGACGACAGCAAAAAGGAAGCUGAUGAUGAGUCAAAAGCCAAAGUUGAAGAACUUGAUGAAGACGAAGAUGAUGAAGAUAAAACGAAUAAAAAAGAUUCAGAUAAAAAGAAAAAGAAAAAAAUCAAAGAAAAAUAUACCGAUGAAGAAGAAUUAAAUAAACAAAAACCAAUAUGGACAAGAAAUCCAGAAGAUGUUUCACAGGAAGAGUAUGCUGAAUUCUACAAACAAUUGACAAAUGAUUGGGAAGAUCAUUUAGCUGUUAAACAUUUUUCGGUUGAAGGUCAAUUGGAAUUUCGUGCAUUAUUAUUUAUUCCAAAACGUGCACCAUUUGAUUUAUUUGAAAAUCGUAAACAAAAAAAUGCAAUUAAAUUAUAUGUACGACGUGUAUUUAUCAUGGAAAAUUGUGAAGAAUUGAUGCCAGAAUAUUUGAAUUUCAUUAAAGGAGUAGUUGAUUCAGAAGAUUUACCAUUAAAUAUUUCACGUGAAACAUUACAACAAAACAAAAUAUUGAAAGUUAUACGUAAAAAUUUAGUGAAAAAAUGUAUGGAAUUAAUUGAAGAAAUUUCUGAAGAUAAAGAAUCAUUCAAAAAAUUUUAUGAACAAUUUUCAAGAAACUUAAAAUUAGGUAUUCAUGAAGAUUCCGGAAAUCGUAAAAAGAUCAGUGACUAUUUACGUUAUCAUACAUCGACAUCGGGCGAUGAAGUAUCAUCAUUGAAAGAUUAUGUCUCACGAAUGAAAGAAAAUCAAAAAGAUAUUUAUUAUAUUACGGGUGAAUCACGUCAACAUGUUGAACAGUCUGCAUUUGUCGAACGUGUACGAAAACGUGGUUAUGAAAUAUUGUACAUGACUGAACCAAUUGAUGAAUACUGUGUACAACAAUUAAAAGAAUAUGAUAAUAAAAAAUUAGUAUCUGUAACAAAAGAAGGUCUAGAAUUACCUGAAGAUGAGGAGGAAAAGAAAAAACGUGAACAAGAUAAAGAAAAAUUCGAACCAUUAUGUAAAAUAAUGAAAGACAUUUUAGAUAAAAAAGUUGAAAAAGUCAUCGUUUCAAAUCGUUUGGUGUCAUCUCCAUGUUGUAUUGUCACAUCACAAUAUGGUUGGUCAGCCAAUAUGGAACGUAUAAUGAAAGCACAGGCUCUUCGUGAUACAUCAACAAUGGGCUACAUGGCAGCUAAAAAACAUCUGGAAAUUAAUCCGGAUCAUUCCAUCAUGAAAACAUUAAAAACAAAAGUUGAUCAAGAUAAAAAUGAUAAAUCUGUAAAAGAUUUAGUCAUGUUAUUAUAUGAAACAUCGUUAUUGGCUAGCGGUUUCACAUUGGAAUUGCCACAACAACAUGCUGAUCGUAUAUUUAGAAUGAUCAAAUUAGGUUUAGGUAUUGAUGAAGAAGAUGUUGUUAGUGGUGAUACAGAUUCAACGACGGCUGGUAAAGACGAUAUGCCUUCAUUAAGCGAAGGCGAUGCGACUGCUGCCUCAGCUGAAGCUUCGAGAAUGGAAGAAGUUGAUUAA